GGUAAUUUAUCUCUACGCUUCUCUCUCUGCAAUUACUCCUUGAGAGCAUCUCUCUCUAGAAUACUGAGUAUUGCUGACUUGAGCGUCGGAGUGUUUUCCCUGAGGAAACGACCUCGGGAUUUUCAGGUGUAGGAGCAGUUGAGGAUUUCAACAGUGUUGGACUGCGAAGUUGCCCAAACAUUUGGCGUCGUCUGUGGGAACUCGAACAAAAAGCUGUGUGACUUAACCUGCUAAAAGACAAUAUGGUCCGUACCUUUACAGGAGGACGCCCUCCAAGAAAUGAAAUAGAUGAACAGGAGGACGAUCACGUAUCUGAGGCCGGCUUGAAUGACUUUAGGCCGAUGCCAAGAAAUCUUUUUGUAGGAGGAGCCGAACAGGAUCACCUAAGUGAGACGGAUGAUGAAAGAACACCAACUGGGUAUGCAACCCAGCCUGAACAGUUCCAAGCUCCAACAAGAACGAGACAAAGAUCUGCCAGACCGAACAAUUCACAGCGUGAACGACCUGAAAGGUCAACAGAACCUGCUCGGACAACCGAGCUCGAAGAGAGAACCAGAGUUCUCGAAAUGGCAAUGGGAAAAAUCCUUGCCCGCCUAAUCCCAGAUGACCCCCUGAUUCCUUUGCUGAACAAGGAUGCACAACCAGCUGCGGUUGUGGCGACUAGAAACUCCCUCGCUCUAAGCAAUAUAGUAGUGCCGACCAGGCCUAGGGGAAGUGGGAAGCUGAAUAUCGAGCCCAGCUCGUCCAAAUACAGUGAAGAAUUGAUGAGAAAGAACGCAUACCUUGAAAGGCAACUGCGGGAUGUACAGAAAUCCAUUGACGAGCUGAAAAGCCCCCGGCAUUCAAUAGAUUCAUUUUCCCAGCUCGCCAAGCUGUUCUCUAACAAAUUUGCAAGCCAAAGGGAGAUCAAGCGCACGGCUACUGAGCUGAUGCAAGUUAGCCAGAAGGAAUGGGAGUCUUUGAGGGAUUACAUGCAGCGGUUCAACAAAGCCACAUUGGACAUUGAUAAUGUCCCAGACACGAUCUGCCUGUCCGCCCUGUUACAUGGGUUGAAGCGUGGCCGGUUCUUAGACGAUUUGCUCGAAAACCCACCGAAGACGUGGAACGAGGUGAAUGACAGGUCGGCCAGCUUUAUACUGUCAGAGGACUUUCAGUCGUCCAAACGACGAGUUGAUGAUAAGCCGAGCAGAGGCCAAGAACAACAACCGAGAAGAGAAGAAAAGAAGAAGCAGAAGAUCGGUGAGCCAUGGGGGAAACUAGCUGAGUUCCCGAAAUAUGCCAGUUACAUUCCUUUGACCUUGCCCAGGCGUAUGACCGACCUCAAGGACAGAGGUACCAGCAUGGAGGGACGUAGGAUGCAUAUCAGGAUAACCAGUAUCCGUCUGAACAGAGCAGAGCGUACCGAGGACGUCCUUUCAACAGGAGAGGGGGGGACCGAGAACUACUGCCCUGAAUCAAAAAGACAGAAAAGGGGUAGGUUAUGCUGGGAUACCCCCACCUUCUGGUACAAUAAACAUGAUAUCGGGUGGCGUUCACUCUGGGGGCCAAAGCGCCCGAGCUCGCAAGGCAUAUGCCCGACAGAUUACCAGCGAGCAGAAGGAGAGUCUGACAUUAUGAUGCCCCAUGCAGAUCCCUUUGUGACAACAGUUCAUAUAGGCAAUCAUAAUGUCAAUAAGGUGUUUAUUGACACUGGCAGUUCGCCAGAUAUCCUGUAUUGGGGUUGCUUCCAGAAGAUGCAGCUAAAUCCGAGCUCGCUGCAGAAGCACGAAGGGCCAAUAUACAAGUUUGAUAACCAGCCCGUCCCUGUUGAGGGAGUUAUUACUCUUCCUAUAUAUGUGGGCUCAGAACCGCGCUUCAGGAUGGCUUCGGUCACCUUCCUAGUCGUUAAGAUGGAAUCAGCUUUCAAUGCUAUACUAGGAAGAGCCACCCUGUGCGAGCUGAAGGCUGUUAUCUCACAGCCCCACCUCUGUAUGAAGUUCCCAACUCCGCAGGGGGUGGGAGUGCUGAAGGGGAACCAGAAGAUGGCCAGGGCAUGUUAUCAGGAUACGUUUAAGAAGGUUGAGCUCGCUGUAGCCCCUGGAGGAUCUGGAAGUAGUAGGCCGACUCAGCUCGGUCAACAGACAAUGAGUAUAUCUGACAUUGAGUAUCGACCUGAGGGUGUUGAGCAGAAGGCAGAGCUAGUAGAGCCAGUGGAAACGAUGCCUUUGAACCCGGGUGUGCCGGAAAGGACAGUGAAGAUCGGCACUAAACUUACAGGCGAAGAGCGGGCAGAACUUUUGGAAUUCCUGAGGAAUAAUCAGGACGUGUUCGCGUGGACUACGGACGAGAUGCCCGGCAUUCUGGCAGAGUUGACAGUCCACAAGCUCAGCACAGACCCCACCAAAAGGCCAGUGGUUCAAAAACGACGCCUUUUCGGCCCUGAGAAGCAAGCUGCCAUUGACGAGGAGAUACAAAAGCUGUUACAGGCAGGCUUCAUUAGAAGAGUGGAGUACUCUGAGUGGGUGUCCAACCCUGUGCUCGUCAAAAAGCCAAAUGGCAAGUGGAGGAUGUGUAUUGACUUCACCAACCUCAAUGAUGCAUGUCCAAAAGACCCUCAUCCUUUGCCAAACGUCGAGAAGUUAGUGGAGCGGGCAGUUGGGCAUGAACGGAUGAGUUUUCUUGACGCCAGCUCGGGCUAUCACCAGGUUCAGUUAUUGUUAGACGACCAGGAAAAAACAGCUUUUUACGCUGGUGACGCGAUUUACUGCUAUGUCAUGAUGCCGUUCGGCCUCAAAAAUGCUGGAGCAACAUACCAGAAGCUGGUGCAAAUCAUCUUUAAGCUCCAUAUCGGCAAGAACAUAGAAGUAUAUGUAGAUGACAUGAUAGUCACCAGCGUGCGAGCUGAGGAUCACAUUGGCGACCUGGAGGAAACUUUUCAAAAUUUGCGCCGAGCACAAAUGAAGCUAAAUCCUUUGAAAUGUACAUUUGCUGUAGAGUCGGGAAAAUUCCUAGGAUAUGUGGUAUCCAAGAAAGGAAUUGAGGUAAAUCUAGAGAAGGUUGAGGCCGUUCAGCAGAUGGAACCACCAAGGACUGUCAAAGACGUGCAGUGUUUGACGGGCCGUGUUGCUGCGUUGCACAGGUUUAUAGCCAGAUCGGCAGAAAGGUGCCUUCCGUUUUUCAAAGCUCUGCGGGAGCCUAAGAACUUCCAGUGGACCAAUGAAUGCCAACAGGCAUUUGACGAGCUCAAACGAUAUUUGGCAUCCGUACCCCUGCUGUCCAAGCUUGUUGAUGGAGAAUGUUUAUACCUUUAUCUGGGGGUCACACAAGAAGCAGUGAGUUCGGUACUACUGAGGGAAGAGAAUAAGAACCAGAAGCCUAUCUGCUACGCGAGCAAGGUGUUACAAGGUGCCGAGCAGAACUACCCGCUAGCAGAAAAGGCUGCUUUUGCAUUGGUUUGCAUAGCUCGUAAGCUGAGAGCCUAUUUUCAGUCUCAUCAGAUUGUUGUUUAUACUGAUUUCCCGCUAAGGAAAAUACUGCAGAAGCCAGAGCUCUUUGGUCGGCUUAUCGGGUGGAGUGUCGAACUGAGUGAGUAUGACCUUAAGUUCCAGCCGCGCACGACUAUAAAAGGCCAAGCUGUGGCAGACUUCCUAGUUGAAUGUGCCCCAGCGGCUGUGAAAGAAAAGGCACCUGAACACCCAUUCUGGGUUUUGUAUGUGGAUGGAGCUGCUAAUGACGAAGGAUCUGGUGCUGGAGCUGUGUUACUGGGCCCUGAUGGUUUCAAGUCCGAGCACGCGCUGAGGUUUAAAUUCCAGACCACCAAUAAUGCUGCUGAAUAUGAGGCCCUCAUCUAUGGUUUGAAGCUGGCGUCUGAGCUGAAGGUACAGAGCAUACAAGUUUUCAGUGAUUCUCAGCUCGUGGUGGGCCAAGUAAAUGGCAAAUGUGAAGUUAGGGAUCCCCAGCUUAGCCGCUAUACCUCUGUGGUCAACAGAUUGAAGUCAAGAUUUGCUUCAUUUCAGAUCGACAAAAUACCGCGGGCAGAUAACCACCGAGCCGACGAGCUGUCAAAGUUGGCAUCCUCACAGGACAUUAACCCUCAGAGAUCAACAAUUCUCGAGGUACUUGACGCACCAAGCUACACCGAUUCCACAGUUGAGUGUCAGUUACUAAGCACAGACCCCUCUACGUCGAGCUGGACCACCCCUCUCAUAAAUUAUCUACAAAGUGGCGAGCUACCUGAAGACCAGUCCGCUGCAAAAUUGAUUAAGCGUAGGGCGGCACAUUUCACUUUGUUAGAUAACCAGCUCUACAAGCGAGCAGCCUCAAUGCCCUUACUACGCUGCCUUACUCCUUAUGAAGCUGAAUACGCUGUGAGAGAAGUUCACGAAGGAGUUUGUGGCACGCACAUCGGCGGCAAAACUUUAGCUCGGAAACUCCUGAGACAUGGUUAUUACUGGCCCACCAUGGUUGAGGACGCGCAGAACUAUGUCAAAAAAUGUCCGACCUGCCAAUUCAAUGCUGAUGGUAUACAUAUGCCAGGGGAAAUGCUAUCCUCUCUUACAUCCCCCUGGCCCUUUGCUCAAUGGGGUGUCGACCUGCUCGGCCCUUUCCUCAAAGGCAAAGGAAGCUGCACUUUCCUGGUCGUGGCAGUGGAUUACUUUACUAAAUGGAUAGAAGCUAAACCAUUGUCCACGACAACAGAAAGGAAAAUAGAAGAAUUAUUGUUCAAUUCAAUAUUGUGCAGGUUCGGCAUACCUAAGCGAAUUAUCGCCGACAAUGGGCCACAGUUCCGAGCGGCAGCGCUGAGAUCGUUUUGUGACGACUAUGGCAUUGAGCUCGCCUUGACGUCCAUGUAUACUCCACAGUCCAACGGGCAAGCCGAGUCAACCAAUAAAAUCGUCUUGCGAGGCCUCAAGACACGUGUUUUGGCCGCGCAUUCUAAUUGGGUUGACGAGCUCAAUAAAGUGCUUUGGUCUUGUCGCACCACACCCAGCUCGGCCACGGGGGAAACCCCUUUCAGCCUGGCCUAUGGAGCUGAAGCCGUCAUCCCAGUGGAGGUUGGAUUGCCGUCCGAUAGAUCAGAUUGUCAUGACGAUCAGAAUAAUGAACAACUCUUAAGAGAGAACCUAGACUUUGUGGAAGAAAUCAGGGAGAUGUCCCGAAUAAGAAAUAUGGCGCAUCAAAGCCGCGUUGCAAAAUUUUACAAUAAAUGAGUUCGAGCUCGUCAAUUUCAGGUUG